AUGAAUUCAGAUUCAGAUGAAAGCUCCUAUGAGGACGACUCGCCACCCAACUUUGCCUUUUCACCCGACUUCAGUGUCCGUGCCUCACCAAUCGUCAAUGGUGGUGGUGGGCGUGGGAAGCGAAAAGUAGGCCUCCCGUCGCGAUACCACCAGGUUCUGUCGGCACGGGGAUCAGGUGGAGGGGGCUGUUUGGACGCUGCUGGGGAGAUAUAUUCGGAGCACCCGCGAAAGAGGAGAAAGGGGCCGCAAACCAACACCCCCGACAACUCGACGUCGACGUCGUCGUCGUCCGAUCGCUCGUUUGCGUGCCCGUACUACAAGAACGAUCCGGUAAAACACUCGAGUUGUGCCGAGUGGAAUAAGAAGGAUAUCCACAGGGUCAAGGAGCACAUCAAGAGAUCGCAUCUGAAGCCUAUCCAAUGCCCGCGAUGCAGCGUCUACCGCGCCGGCGAUAACGGACAAAUCAACAUCCAUCUACGGGACGGGGAAUGCCAGAAAGCAAAGACCGUCUCCCUGGUGGAGAGCGACGUCCUGAAGAAGGCAAAAGCACUCGAGCGGAGGAACUUGAACUGGCAGCACAUCUACCAGAUACUGUUUGGCUGUGCCGAGAGCGAUAUACCAUCUCCCAUUUGGCAGAGCCACAUCACACCACCGACACCUCCAACAAUAAAGCUUGAGUCAUCACCACUGCUGGGUGCCUACUGCACCGACAUGUUUGAGGCUCACUUGAAUGAAGAAUUGAACGACUUUAUAGAAUACUUCCAGGAGCAGGUCCCCAGACUUGUGCGGGAGUUAUUUCGUGAGUACCAGGCCUUGAAGUUCAAAGCCGAGUGUCCCUUGUCUGGCGGGGGUACCGGCUCUGUGUGCAACCAAUCGAGCGCCCCUCCUUAUCCCGGCGCUUCCGCAACACAUCACAACAACAACAUAAACAUCAACACUACAGACUAUGAGCAGGGUCCCCGCAAACCAAAGACAGUAGCAAAAAACAGCCCCAAGGAGCAAAGAAGGACCGAAGAGGCCGCCCGGAAGCCGACCGAGAAUGUCGUCCGGAAAAAGCAAAAUGCCUGCCCGGAUGUGGCAUCAUCACCAAAACAACGCCCGGAUGCUAGGAAGAUUGCAACCGACGAAAAACAAACGCAGCGGGGGGACCUACUGAGCAAGGCCGACGAAGCUGGCCAGAAGAGACACACGCCUGUCUCGCCUCUUACUCCUUCAACCCACCAGCAGCAGCAGCAGCAGCCUAACAUUACCAACCCCACUACCCCGCAGGAGAAGGUGUUUGCCAAUAGAAACGAGGCUCCCAGAAUGCACGAUAUUCCAUCCCCGUACAUACAACUCCAGCACAAUACCCUGAACCAGAGCUUUGCAUCAUUACACGACGGCACCAGUAGAGGCAUUAUUCCAGAUCACGCUGCCAGAAUACUUCACGAACCUCGGGUCACAGACGACAACAGCUCACCUGUAGUCGGGUUCGGGGACCUUGCGCUGAACAAUGCCAGAGACGAUGCGAGCGGCGAGGUAGAAGAGGUUGGGAGCUGUGAUCCGGCGAUGCUGUGGGUGCUGGAUGCUUACGAUUGGAGGUUUUGA